GGCUGUCUCAUGAUACUUUCUCCGGGCGGGGCUGCUCCUGGCUGGACUGGCUCGGUGGAACCUCCGGAGAGAAGUGACAGCCUGACCUGGGCAGAAGGAACUUGAGAGGAGCAUAGGGCUGAGAGAAGGGAUGGAGGUCGGCGCUGUUGUCCGUGCAAUAUUUGAUUUUAGCCCCAGCGUCUCGGAGGAACUGACUCUGUUUGCCGGGGAUGUCAUUGAAAUUUUGAGUGUGAUUGAUGAAUUUUGGCUUUUGGGAAAUAAAGAUGGUAUUACAGGACAGUUUCCAGUUAGCUUUGUGGAGGCGCUUACAAUUCCGAAUGUAAAAUCCGGAGAGAGAUUGUAUGUCUGUAUCAGUGAAUAUACGUCCCAUGAGCCAGGAGCGUUGUCUCUCCAAAGAGGUGACCUUGUGGUGCAGGAAGGGACACUUGCAUCAAGCUGGCUGCAAGGAAGAAACUGUUGGGGAUCAAAGGGCUUUUUUCCAUUAUCUUGCAUCCAGGAGUUCUUUCUCUCAUCCAGGAGCCGUCAGCUUUGUCAGAACUUGAAGCUAGACUUUCCAAGUUAUGGCAUAGGUCAGGCAAGAGCCAUAAUGGGACUCUCGGCACAACUGGAAGAGGAACUAGAUUUUCGAGAAGGUGAUAUUAUUACUAUUACUGGUAUUCCAGAGCCUGGCUGGUUUGAGGGGGAAGUUAAUAGAAGAAAAGGGAUUUUUCCUGAAGGUUUUGUAGAACUGUUAAACCCUCUACGGACUGCAGAUAAUGUUGACAAUUAUGGUAAUGGUGAGGAUUAUGAGGAUAAAACUGUAACAGACAUAACUGAUAUUCCUGUUGAAAGUAACAAGAACAAUGACAUACUGAAUAAUAAUGAAGCUGAUGAUGGGACAUUUGCUAUUGCGCUUUAUAGAUUUCAAGCGAUAGAGCAGAGAGAACUUGACUUUGAUGUGGGAGACCGGAUAAAAAUAAUUAGUACGUUAGAAGAUGGCUGGUUAGAAGGGGAGCUGUAUGAAAGGAGGGGUAUAUUCCCUUACAGGUUUGUGAAAUUUGAGGAUGUAGAAAAAUCCACCUGUAAGGAUCUGCCAAUAGAGACAAAAUACAAUAUUGAUUCUCAUAAUCCCAAACACAACACUGAUGACUCUUUGCCUUAUAUACACAUUGGAACAGAUCCACAUUAUUGGGAUGUUGCACAUAUAGAAGAGCAUACUUCUCACCCCAUUGUUGAAUCUGAACAACAACUCAAUAAUCAAGAAUUUCCUUCAAAUAACAGUAAAGAUAUACUCUUAAACGAUUAUCGGGAUGUAAAUAACAUAUCUACCAAACCUCAGCUACCUCCUCGCCCACAGACUAGAAUGUAUUGUCCUCCAAAUGUGCAGACACUAGCACAACAGUCUAAGGAAAGCAAUACCGGAGAGUCAUUAAUUAGGAGGGGCAGAAUUCCUACAUCUAAUGAUGUGCAACAGCCCCGGUCUUCAAAAAUACCUCUCUCUUUAACAACCAAUGAUAUGACAAAUACUCAGAACAAUUUGCCUGAAGGGCUAAAAACCAAAAGAAAAAAGAGCAUUCCAUAUCAAGAUAUUGUACACUGGGUAGAGGACCAGAAGCUUAAAUCAAAGUCAUCAUCUUUUGGUUCCAAAGAUCAACAUGAAAGCCCAAGCAGAUGCUCAGGGACAGUUAGAUUUGAGAGUGAUAUUGGUGGAUCAGAGUUAACGGAUCUGGACUCCAAACUUUCUGAACAGCUUUCCCAGUUUGAAAAGAGCCUUUCCAAUCCAAGACAAAAUAGCAAAAGGAAAGUCUCAAGACAUUUUUCAAUUGUAGAUUUUAAUUCUGAAACCGAUAUUAUUCGUGGACUACCACAAGUUUCCAAACCACAGAAAUCUCCAGAAAAACGAAAGAUAUUGAGGCCUCCCCCACCUCGUCCUAAUACUAGGUCACAUUCUACGAGUUACUUAUCAGUGAGACGCAGUUCACAAAGCCGUGAAUGCACACAGACUGUAUCCCCUCCUACUGCUCUCCGCCCAUCCAGGCCAGCUCCAUUACCUCCACCUUGCAGCCAAAGGAACACACCAUCACCAAAACCACAGCCAAGAGUAAGUACACCCAAUGAAAGCCUUUUACUGCCUGAUAUUCAUGAUGAAGUAGAUACAUCGGUUGAUCUAAACCAUCUUGACAAGGAGCAGAGCUCUCCAUGCCCAUUUCUACUGUUAAAGAUACAAGAGUUGGAGCAAGAAUUGGAGACGUAUAGAAAGACUCGUGAGGAGCUCAGCUUAAUGCUUGAGGAGGACCAGGAUGAAAUCAUAAGAGAGGAGACACUUGAAAACAUAGAAUUUUGUGAUACAAAUAUUGAAAGCUUGAAUCUGGAACUUCAACAUCUCAGAGACAUGACGCUUCUCUCCUCUCAACCUGAGACACCAGAGGAGACCCCAUCUGCUGCGUCCACAACUGAGAACUCUGAGCAAAGGAUGCUUGAGAAGAGGUCAAAGGUCAUUGAAGAGCUGCUACAGACAGAGAGAGAUUAUAUCCGAGACCUGGAUACAUGUGUGGAACAUAUCAUGCUCCCCCUGCAGGCCACACAGAUGGCUAAUGUGGAUUUUGAUGUCCUUUUUGGAAACAUCUAUUCAGUUAUUGAGGUUUCUAAGAAAUUUCUAGCAACUUUAGAGCAUUCAGAUUCCAUUGGUUUGGUUUUUCUGGACCAUCGCACAGAAAUAGAGAAUGUGUACAAAGAAUAUUGCCAGAAUCAUGAAGAGACUAUUGCCGUUUUAGAGGUUUAUGAAAAGGAUGACAAGUUCCAGAAACACCUCGUAGACUGCAUGGAAAUCAUAAAAUGUCUGUACAUAGAAUGGGGCUGUACAAACUACAUUAAUCUGGGUUCUUUCCUAAUUAAACCGGUACAGAGGAUUAUGCGAUACCCUUUACUCCUAAUGGAACUUCUCAGUGCCACCCCAGAUGCCCACCUAGACAAAGUCCCUCUGAAAGAAGCUGUGGUGGCUGUCAGAGAAAUAAACGUCAACAUCAAUGAAUACAAACGCAGGAAGGACUUGGUUGUAAAAUACCGUAAGAGUGAUGACGACAGUCUGAUUGACAAAAUAUCCAAACUCAACAUCCACUCAAUCAUCAAGAAAUCCAAUCGAGUCAGCAGCCACCUCAAGCACCUCACCGGCUUUGCCCCUCAGAUUAAAGAUGAAGUAUUUGAAGAGACAGAGAAAAACUUCAGAAUGCAAGAGAGGUUGAUUAAAUCGUUCAUUCGGGAUCUUUCAGUCUAUUUACAGCAUGUCAGGGAAUCUGCCUGUGUGAAAGUGCUGGCUGCUAUGAGCAUGUGGGAUUUAUAUGCAGACAAAGGAACCAGUGACCUGGAGAAGUUUCAGAAAGUCCAUCGGCACAUCAGCGAGAAGCUAUUUACCGACUUUAAAGAAAGGACAGAGAGGUUAGUGAUAUCGCCUCUGAAUCAGCUGCUUAAUAUGUUUGCCGGACCUCACAAGCUGGUGCAGAAACGCUUUGACAAACUCCUGGAUUUCCACAAUUGCACAGAGAAAGCAGAAAAGCUGAAGGACAAGAGAACGUUGGAAGAACUUCAGUCUGCUCGGAAUAAUUAUGAAGCCUUAAAUGCCCAACUGCUUGACGAGCUACCCAAAUUCCACAACUAUGCCAAGGAACUGUUUGCCGGCUGUGUGCGUGGUUAUGCCAGUGCUCACUGUGAUUUUGUCAAGCUUGCCUUGGAAGAACUGAAACCACUUCUGACUUUGCUGGGAGUAGGUGGCAGGGAGGGGAACCUCAUUGCCGUGUUCCAAGAAGAACACGCUAAAGUUCUGCAACAACUGCAGGUCUUCACAUUUUUCCCUGAAAACCCUCCACCUUCCAAGAAACCUUUUGAGAGAAAAACUAUGGAACGCCAAUCUGCAAGAAAAGCUGUCCCACGUCCAUCAAAAUAUGUCCCACAAAUGGAUGAACAUAGAGUUAUCGUCCUUGCGAGGUACCCGCCCGAAAAACUUUACCAAGCCGACCGCAACUUCAAUGCAGCUCAGGAUUUGGAUGUCUCUGUACUGGAGGGGGAUCUUGUCGGCGUCAUUAAACAGCAGGACCCAAUGGGAAGCCAGAAUCGAUGGCUCGUUGACAAUGGAGUGACAAAAGGUUUUGUUUAUAGCUCAUUCCUGAAGCCGUACAAUCCUCGGCGUAGUCACUCUGACGUGUCAGUGGGAAGCCAGUCUUCCAAUGAAUCCGGUUAUGGCGGCUCCUCUCCUAACUUCUCAAGACAAAACAGCAAUAGCACUUUAACAUUUAACCAGAACAACUCGGCAGUCACUUUUUCUGCAACCUCAGCUCCUAAACAAAUGACAGAUCCAUCGGUUGCACCCAGUGUUCCACCAGGGUCAGCUGUUUCAUCCAGGGCCAGCACUACUGACGGCAACAAUUUAAAGAGGAUAAGUGAAACAGAGUCUGUAGCACACUUAAGGACAAGUCAAACAGAAUUAAGUAGUACAACAGUUAAUAGGGUAACCACAGACUCUGUUAAACAGUUGGAGCCGCAUCGCCGGGAAAGCCAAGCAGAAAAUGGAAGUUAUUCUGUAUCCCAAAACAAUGGAGAUAAAGGGAAAAUCUCUGAUAAUCGCAAAGCAAACAGGAGGAAAGCGCCUUCCCCUAGUGACUUUGAACAGGAGGGCGCAGAGCUGGAAGGGAACCAGGUAUAUUAUGCAGUGUACUCUUUCAAAGCACGAUCUGCAAAUGAACUGACCAUAUCAGCCAAUCAAAGACUUAAGAUUCUUGAAUUUCGAGACAUGAAUGGAAAUCAAGAGUGGUGGUUGGCUGAAGUUGAAGGCAGGAGGGGCUAUGUGCCAUCCAAUUACAUUCGUAAAACAGAAUACACGUGAAAGUAAAGACGGUUUUCUUUUGAAAGCAUUAGAAAAAUACUUGUGCCUUUUUCUGGGAUGAUUUUUUUUAAUCUUUUUGCUGCUGAGACCACUUGAACAAUAUUAUAGUGAGGAUGUGGAUUUGAAUUAGUACUUAGAACCAGCUAGCACGUCCAUACUGAGUAAUGCGUUACUAAGUACAUAAUGAGAAUUCAUGCACUUCUUUGGAUCGUUGACUCAAAAGCAACAUAAAAUAUUGUGUGUAUUUUCACAUAGGACACAGUAUGCUUGCUGUGACAACCAUGAAUUUUGCAAAAAUGUUAACUAAUCAGAUUGCUUACAGAAAACCCCCACAUAAUUGAAAAUUAAUAGAUAACUGCUGUGAUUUUUUUUUGUGUGGUUUGCGACGCGUGUGUGGAAAGUAUGAAUAUAAAUUGAAGGGGUUUUUUUAACACACAAAACACUUCUAUAAAGCACCUUUUCCACUUCCUAAUUAAAGAACACAAGAGAAUCAACUGGAAUUUAGAGGUCCACUAAAUACAUUACAAAAACAUACUAAACUACUUCAAUUUUUCCUAUAAAAUGUGAUACCCAUCAGCCAAUCACAAAACGUAUAUAAUGUAAACUCUUGCACACGCUCAGUAGGAGAUGGUGCCUCAAAAAGUUUGCAUAUUAAAAGAUAGUGCACAUUUUGAUCAUGGAAAUUAGUUGAAAAGUAUUUAAAGUUUGCAUACUUUAUCCAAAUCAUUAAAGUUUAAUUUUGAUUUCAGUAUCCCUUUUAAUAGAAAUUAAAUUCCAAUUACAUUAUUAUUUUUUUUAAUGUGUGCGUGGUGCUGACUUCAAUUAACCAGACAGUAUUAAUACAUUUUUAGUUAUGAAUAGUUUCAGGUCAGUAUAAAUUUCGGAAACACAAAAUGAAGGUGUUUUUACAUUUCAGACCAUAUGUUUACAGGGAGAACGAACAAUUUAUCCAGUUAAAAAUAGACCUUGAUUUUGCAGAUCUCAAUAUAUUAUAUUAUGUUUUUCCAUUUGUGGUGCAAAUGAAUAAUUUGUAAUAUGAAAAAGGAAACAAAAAAACACACGGGCUGAUGUUUAAUUUCUGCAUAAACGAUUCCGGGAAACCAAGCUGGCUCUCAAAACCAUUUUUUCUUUAAAAGUGUUUAAUUGUGUCUUUAGAUCAUCAGAGAAAGGUCAGAAAAUGUAAAAUGUAAAUAUGUGUAAUAUACAUCUGUACAUCACACAAAGGACAGUUGUAGAAUGAGAAAUAUUCACUACUGAUGGGUUUGAUUUUGGGAGGUAAUUCUUACGUGUAAAUUCUAUAGAUGCAUAUUUUAUUUUUCCUCUGUACAUAUUAUUUUUUUUUAUUCAAACCAUUGCACAUUUUCUAAUCGGAAACUUUUUAGCAAAUACUUUUAUUGUUAGAAAAGUAACCUGUAUAAAUCUUUCUGUAUUUUUAUACUUUUGUGUGCUUUUCACAAGCAAAGAAACAUAUGAAGGGUAGCAUUAUUAUUAUUAUUAUUAUUAUUAUUUAGUCCAAGAACCCAUGUUCAUUGAUAAGACAAUAAAAUGCAUCAGUCUGUGCAGUACUACACAGAACCAAUAAACCUCAGAUUUUGUCA